AAAUCGUAGACUUUUUAAGCAUCUUCAAUUGGGAAAAUUUGUUCUUUUAAAGGAAGACUUUUUGCCUUUUAGUUAUUAGUACCACUCCGUUGUAUGAACACCUAGCUAAGAAGUAGUCAGAUAUAGAAAUUCAACUCGACAUAAUGAAAGUAUGGAAUUGAAUCAGAAAAAAAUUAUCCCUAGUUAGCCUCUAUUCGACACACUUCACACUUUUUCAUUUUAAUCACCAACCUCCAUUCUUACUUUAGUAUCAUUUCCCAUUACCCAGUAAAAAUGUAUUAGGUUAUUUUUUUUGGGUUAGCUUAAAUUGGCUUUCCUAUCCCUUUACCAUUAGCAUAAUUUUUCCGAAAACUAGCAUUUUUACAGCACAUGGAAAAAGAGUUGAAUAGCCCCAUUUAUCACGUGAACAGGAUCGUGAAAUCAUUUUGUAACUGUGAAUUCUUACUAGAAAACUGUAGAUUGAUUCUUAAAAUCUCGAAUGUAAUAGCGUUGGAAUUGAAUUUUCCCCCCGGCUAUUUCCUUUGUUGAGAAUUUACGUCGAUGUUUUUUAAUCUCAUAUUCAUUUUAAGACUCUAAAGCGGUCUUAACUUACUUGCUUUUCUUUAAGGUUAAGUGGAAUUCUUAAAUUUGAACACCUGGGUUUAAAGACACUUUUUUGUGAAGGAAAAUUGAAAUAGCCUUGGGAGUUUUUGCAAUUAUUUUGUUAGAAAUUUGACAUUUGACUAAGGGGCUAAAAUGUCACCUUUACGCCGCCUCUUUUCACCAAAUCUAAAGCAGAUGUAAAGUCUUCGCAUUAUUGAAUUUUGCUUCCUUUUUCAUAUUAAGUGUUGUAAAUUUUCAUUUCAAAAGGCAUCUAGUUAUUUGAAUUCGUUUGAAAUUUCGUUCUACCCACAAAUUGUUCUAUCCACAAAUUGCAACUUUGUUGACCGUUACCAUUUGGAUUAUGCCGGAUUGGAGCUUUGAAAUUGCAGUCAAUGUUGCCGCCUGGUUUGUUAUUUCACCAGAAAAAGCGAAAAUAAAAUCGAAAAAGAAAAAGUAUCGCGCACCAUUAUCAGGCCAAAGCAGUUUAAUACCUAUCGAUACAAUUGCAAACCCUCAAACUGAAUCAGUUGUUGAAAUAAAUGAGACUAGUAAUUAUUGUUUAUCAUUAGACUGCGAAGAAAUUACUAGUUUGCAAACUUCAGAGUUGUCACGUGGCUUACUCGACAGCCCAAGAGUAACUCCAAUGAAUGGAAAGGUUGAAUCGACCAGUCAUGAAAUUAAGGACCACGAAGACUAUGAAAAAGGCCAUAGCUCUAAUUCUCAUCCAUCGCCUUUACGACAAUUAAUACGCCAUAAAAGCUCACAAGAUUAUCAAGAUUUUUCGCCUUUUCGAGCUACAGGGCUACGCUUUGUGUUACGUUGCGGGUUCCAGAUGUUUUUGCUAUCGUUAGCUGUUAUGAAUAUUGCGAUGCAACUGUAUGUUAUUCUUGAAUUGAAGGCGAAAUUCGAUCAUCAGUUUUGCUUCUACUCAAUGUGUUCGUUGCUUCUGGACGUGGCCUUGUUUUCAGUGCAUAUUGUGUUAGCUCUCGUUUCUUUCUCGUGCUACUUGCGACAAUUGAACCGAAUACAACACCGAUUACACCGCGGAUACUCGAGUCAAAACGACUCACAAACAACCACAGGACUGCUACAAAUACAAAACGGAUUCUCCCCUGUUCUACCCCUGCCAAUGCAACCCAAUUUAACCAACCCGAGACCUGCAUUCGGGGGACCUUUUUAUCAACCAGGAAUUGGUCGCCUUGCACCCGUGCAUCAUUUGGCUACUAUUAGUGCACUGUUAACUUUAUUGCACCAUGUUUUAUGUGACAUGCAGUUCGCACUAUUUUACGCGGGAAUAACUUUUAUACCCACUAAUAAGAGUGAACAAAUUUUUGGAGAUAUUGAGACUAGUGCUGUUGGUGAAUUUAAAGUGUCGUUGAAGUUGGUUAAGCAAAGAGAGUUUGCAGUUAAUGAUUCGAACUUCGGUCUGGUUCUGGCGUUGACAGUAGUUGAAGUUGUUCUGCAUUGGUGUCAGUCUUGGGUUGUGUAUUUGUGGAAGAAACCUUGUUGCUACUUUGCCGAGAAGUUUCCCAUACACGAACGCGAUUUAUACAAUGAAGCAGGAGUAAUCAAAGGCCUUCAGAUAUUCUUCCUCCCAUUCAUCACCCUCUUAAUUCUAAUCUGUGGGUCACUAACCCUAGCUCAACAACAACCCCACGACAACCACUUCGGAAAUGGCGGGGGAGCCACGCAGUAUUUCAUCACAGGACUGUGGCUCUCGGCUCUGAUUUCGGUCCCGUUUCUUCUGGCGAUGAGUUCAUUGGUUGCAUACUGGGUGCUAAAAACUUCAGCAGAUUUAGCUUUGAAGUGUUACCGAGUAGUGUCCUCUUCUCUUAGAUAAUAUACAACAAGCAAUAAAAUUAUAUUUUCAAAGUUUUUUCAACAAGCAAUAACAAUUAUUUUCAAAGUUUUUAAACAAGCAAUAAAAUUUAUUUUCGAAGUGUUUUCAAAGAAAAAUUAGAAGUUGUCCUCGUAAGAAUUUAGAGUCCUGAGGGUAUCGAGUGUUGCUCGCCUAACGUGGUAACAGUAUGUUGUGUGUCAUGACCUCAUGUUAUCCGUAUUAGUAUCGAAUUAAAGUUUGCACCAAGGUCAUUUCGCGGUUAAAUCUACUUUCAGAGAGUAUCUUGGAUAAAUUUGAACGAUCUAGGUUCUUAUUUAGUACAGUUUGUGCAAUAUCAUAUCAUGAUAUGAAUUG